CCCGGACACGUCAUAUAAAAGUUUUGUCCAAUCAAAAUAAGUAUAUUUCAAAACCGCGAUUUCAUUGGGUUAAGUAAAACUGUAGUUUCAGCCAAUGGUACACUUUCAUUUUCGCGCCCAGAAAAGACUAUAAGUAGGGUAGCUCCGAGUGAAUCAACUAAAACUGUGUUUAGGUUGGUGGAUUAUAAUUCCGUGAUGUCUGGACGAGGCAAGCAAGGAGGGAAGGCUCGCGCCAAGGCCAAGACUCGCUCCUCGCGGGCCGGGCUCCAGUUUCCGGUGGGUCGCGUACACCGUCUGCUCCGCAAAGGCAAUUAUGCUGAGCGUGUUGGUGCUGGCGCGCCGGUUUAUCUGGCGGCGGUGCUGGAGUACCUGACGGCCGAGAUCCUGGAGCUGGCGGGCAACGCGGCUCGCGACAACAAGAAGACGCGCAUCAUCCCGCGCCACUUGCAACUGGCCAUCCGCAACGACGAGGAGCUCAACAAGCUGCUGGGUAAAGUCACCAUCGCUCAGGGUGGCGUCCUGCCCAACAUCCAGGCCGUGCUGCUGCCCAAGAAGACCGAGAGCCACCACAAGGCCAAGGGCAAGUAAGAAAUCUGGUAUCCUUUGCAACUAAGAUCUGUCCAAAAACCAAAAGGCUCUUUUCAGAGCCACCCACUGUAUCAAAAGAGGAGCUGUGCUUUCGAAACCACAUUGU